AUGCUGGCACAUUCUGAGGGCAUGGGCAGAACUCGCAUCGUCUGGCAUCGAAUCAAUGAAAUAAUCAUAGAUCCGUCUGCUUACAGACUACCUACAAUGUGCAUUUGGCAACGACUUUCCCUAUUUAGUACUACUUAUCAUUGUCUCACCUUCUCUUUCUCUAUCUCUUUCCCUUCCUCUGUAUGUCUCUAUCUAUAUUUAAGUUCCCAAGACUUUUUUUUUAUUCUCAGUCCCAUACUUUCCCUAUUUCUCUCUUUCCCUCUUUUUCUUUCUGUUUCUUUGUGGUUGUUUUUUUUUCCGUUUCUUUCCGUCCUUGUUUCUUUCUUUGUUUCUUUUGUUUUCCUUCUCCCUAUUUCUCUCACUGACUCUCUCUCUUUCGCCUUUUCUCUCAGUUUCUAUCACUUUUUCUUUUCGGUUCUUUUCCUAUUUCCCUCCCUUCUCUCUUUCUCCCUCUCUCUCUCACUACCGUUUUUGAAUGCAGAAUCGUUCACAGACUGUUUGACAGAUAUCCAAUUUACUAACAGUCACAUCUAUUACUCCAUACCUAUAAUACAAACCACGUAUGUUCAGGAUAUCUUUCUACUAUUCUCCUUAUCUUUUUGCACCUUAUCUAUCUAUCUAUCUAUCUAUCUAUCUAUCUAUCUAUCUAUCUCUAUCUAUCUUUCUCGAUUACAGUUCAUAACUCUUUUUUUUUCUCACUUCCUUCCGUUCCCUAUCUCUUACACUCUUUCUUUCCUUCCCUAUUUCGUUUUUUUUUUUGUGAUUUCAUUCCUUUCUCCAUUUCUCUCUUUUCGGUUCCUCUCUCGUUUUUCUUCUCAUUUCUCACUCUCUUUCAUUUCUGUCACUUUUUAUUCUCAGUUACAAUUUGUUUCUCUCUCUUUUUUUCUUUCUUUCUUUGUUUCUUUCUUUCUUUCUUUCAAUUUCUACCACUUCUUUCUCAAUUUAUGUUUUCUAUUUCUUUUUUUCUUUUUUCCAGUUCCUAUCCCAUUGUUCUUUCUUAAUUUCUUCCCAAAUUCUCUUUCUUUCUUUCUUUCUUUCUUUCUUUCUUUCUUUCUUUCUUUCAGAUUCUUUCAUUCUCUUCCCUCUUUCUUUCUCUUUCCCUCUUCUUUUCAGUUUUUCUUUCUCAAUUCCUUUCUUUCCCUAUUUCUCUCUCUCUCUCUCUCUCUCUCUCUCUCUUUCUUUCUUUUCUUAUUUAUUUUUCUUUUCUCGGUUUCUUCCAUUCCUUAUUUCUCUCUAGUUCACUCUCUCUGUCUGUCUCUCUCCUUCUCUCUCCCUCUCUUUUUCUUUCUUCCUUUCCGUUCUUAUCUCUUUUCCGUUAUCAAUUAUCUCCCGACUCUAUUUUUUUCACACUCUUUUUUCACUAAUUAUUUUUAUUUCUUUUUUUUUUCUCGGCUUCUCCACCUCUCGCUCUCUUUUCUCUCUCUCUCUCUCUCUCUCUCUCUCUCUAUCUAUCUAUCUAUCUCUCUCUCUCCCUCUCUUUUUUUUCUCUUCCUUUCGGUUCUUAUCUGUUUUUCUUUACCAGUUACCCCCCUACCCUAUUUCUUUCAUCCUUAUUCUUCUUUUCUCGGUUUUGUACCCCCCUCUCCCCCCUUUCUUCCUUUCGGUUCGUAUCUUUUUAUCCUUUCUCAAUUACUUCACUCCCUUAUUUUUUUCUCUCUCUCUCUCUCUCUCUCUCUCUCUCAAUUCCCCUCUCAUUUCCAUUCUCAAUUACUUCCCUCCCCUAUUUUCUUUCUUUCAGUUCCUAUUUAUUUUUACUUUUCAUUUUCUUUCCUUCCAGAUUUCUCUGUCUGUCAAUAUCUCUUUCCCUUUAUUUCUCUUUCUCUCUAUCUCUCGACCUCUCUAUCUAUUUGUCUAUCUAUCUCUGAAUCUCUCGUUAAUGCGAAAUGCUUCUAA